UUUUAAUACAAACUACACAGACACCGUUGACUGAUAUUAUGAAUUCGUCAAGUGAAGAAGAUUCACCUUCAAAACCUUCUGGAUCAUCAGGAUCAAAUAAAACUAAACACUGGUUAGCAAAACAAAAUCCUUCUUCAUCUAAGUCGUAUGCAUAUUGUUGUCCAUACACUUUACCAUUACGUAAGACUGGACAUUUAAAAUACAUGAAUCAACUUUGGACACUAGGUGAUAUUGUAUCUUUAUGUAAAUCGGAAUCGCCUAAAAUCUUUUAUGCACAAAUUAUUGAGCUAUAUGAAAAUGACUUUUGUGAAAAACUAGCAUCAAUCUUCUGGUUAGCACCUAAAGCUUACCUUGGAGCCACAGAGGAAUCAAAAAAGCAUCAUGACAAAUUCAUACCUAGUGAAUUUGAACAUAGUUCUGUCAUUGAUAGAUUAGUACCCAUACAUUGCUUAACAUUUGUUAUGAAUGUUCCAAACUUAUUUGAUUAUAGAAUACAGAUAAGUGCCAAUAACUUGGUCAAUACAUACAUUGCAUCUCAUGCUGAAAGAUAUGCAGAAUCCUCGUCAGAAUCUGAUGAAGACAAAGGAACAGAACCUAAAUGUAAAAUCGCACGGCUACUUAACAAGUGAAUAAAAUAACUAUUAAUUGCUUACAAUAUAUUAUUAUAUAUCAUUUUUAAAUGUAUUUAUUUUUAAUGUUUGUAAUUAAUAUAGAAUAAAAUUUUUCUAUGCCUCUAUUCUCUAAUAUUAACAAUACUAAAGGUACCCUUUUCAAGGUACUAUUCCAUUGUGUUAUAAAAGCGUUUUUGUUUCAAAUGUAA